AUGGACCUGUUCAUCGAGCUGUUAAUUUUGCUGCUUCUCUCAAAAUCAGUCCAGUUAUAUUGUGGUCCAUACAAUGGGCAAGUAUGUAAAAGUUAUUCUACCGGCUACGUAUGGUACAACCACACUGGCGGACUCGACAACGAGAAGAUAACAAGUGGCCUUUGGAAAGAAAUGAUCUCAAAUCUCCAAGAACCAUGCAGGACUCAAGCUGAAAGAUUGCUUUGUGCUUAUGCGUUUCCGAAGUGCAUCAAUAAGGACGGUGUCGGAUACUUUGCCUUACCACUUUGUUAUGAAGACUGUAUGGCAGUUAAAAUGCAAUUUUGUUAUAACGACUGGAUAGUGAUUGAAGAUCAAAAAGAACGAGGAGUGUUUUUCGAAUCUAGGGGUCAUUUUCGAUUACCAGAAUGUGAAAAUUUACCACAUUACAGUGGUAAAGGCUCUCAAGUUUCCUGUAAUAAUAUUGGGAUUACUGACAUGGACCUUGAUCAGGUGACUACAACCUGUGUAAAAGGUAAUGGCCGUUACUACCAAGGUGUAAUUAAUGAAACAAAAGCUGGUUUAGCUUGUCAGGCUUGGGAGUCGCAAUUUCCCCAUCAACACACCAGACCUCCAUUAGUGUUUCCAGAAGUGCAGAACUCUUCAAAUUAUUGUAGAAAUGCUGGUGGUGAAGAAAAUAGGCCUUGGUGUUACACUAUGCAUCCAAACGUGAGAUGGCAGUAUUGUGAGAUACCAAUGUGUGCUAAUUCAAGUCGAGAGAAAGACAAUAUUAAGGGAUCAAAUUUAAUAAUGGAGAAUUACUUUACACCCACAUUUGUUUUAUUAUUAUCAAUAGGGGGCCUUGGAUGUGUUUUAGCUAUAGCAGGAAUAGCUUUACUAUGUCAUUAUAUUGUUAAAAAUCAUUACUCUAAGUGCAAUGUUUCAAGUCGCAGGAAUUUACAAAACAUGGAUAUAGAUUUAGAUAAAUUGCCAAGUAAUCUUGCCUACCAUACAACUGGAGCACAACUCAAUCCUAAGUUAGAAAAGUUAGAGUUUCCAAGAAAUAACAUAAUAUAUAUUCGUGAUUUGGGUCAAGGGGCCUUUGGUAGAGUAUUUCAGGCAAAAGCUCCAGGUCUUAUACCAGAUGAAGAGUUUACUUUGGUCGCAGUUAAAAUGCUUAAAGAUGAAGCUUCUCAUGAUUUACAAUUGGAUUUUGAAAGAGAAGCUUGCCUACUUGCAGACUUUGACCAUCCAAAUAUUGUUAAAUUACUUGGAGUUUGUGCUAUAGGACGUCCAAUGUGUUUGCUUUUUGAGUACAUGGGAAAAGGUGAUCUAAAUGAAUACUUAAGAGCAUGCAGUACUGUUACUAGUUUUGCACCAGUAGAACACCGUGAAGAUCUACGAUUGCUUGCUGCACCAUUAAGUCACUUAGAUCUUCUUCACAUUGCCAGACAGAUUGCAUCAGGAAUGCUGUACUUAUCGGACAGGAAGUUUGUACAUCGUGACCUUGCAACUAGAAAUUGUUUAAUAAAUGAUGACAUGGUUGUAAAGAUUGCAGACUUUGGACUCUCACACAAAAUUUAUUUACAAGACUAUUAUAAGGGUGAUGAACAUGAUGCAAUCCCAGUAAGGUGGAUGCCGCUUGAAAGUAUACUCUACAAUAAGUACACGUUAGAAUCUGAUGUUUGGGCAUACGGAGUAUGCUUGUGGGAGAUAUUUUCAUUUGCCUUACAACCAUACUUUGGUAUGACCCAUGAGGAAGUUGUUAGAUUUUUGAAGGAUGAAAAUGUGUUAGCUUGCCCAGAUAAUACCCCUAGAUGUGUCUAUGAUUUAAUGAAGCAAUGCUGGAAUCAUAAUCCAAGUGAUCGUCCAAAUUUUAGAGUAAUUUAUCAAACACUAGAUAACAUUCAGCUAAUUUUAGAAAGAGGUCGAACACAUUAAUGUGUGG